AACAACGAAAUUAUCUUUUACCUUAAGUACCCCCUUUUACUCAUCCUAGAAAAUUAAUAUCAAAAUGGAAUCCCAGCUUUCUAAAGACGAAUCGGAGUUAUAUUAUUAUCUAAAAAUUUAAUCAAGAAUCAUGGACAUUCUCAAAUCAAAAAAUCCUUAAAAGCGCUGACGAAAUGGAUUAGUAAAAAUAUAGACCCAGUCCCAGAAACAUUAAACUGUCAAGAGUGGGACAAAAUUGGCAAAAUUUUGUGGAUGGCAAGUAAUAAUGGAGAUAAGAAAGCUUCAAAAUCUCUGAUAAUAUAGACAUUAAUCCUUAACAUAUUACAACUAAAAAACCAGGAAGAAAAACAAGAAUCGCAAUUUGAAAUAAUGGAAAAUAAAAAUCCAAGUCCAUGUAAUGCUUUCCCAGAUGACUCACAAAGUAAAAAUCAAAAUGGAGUCAUCUUUAGCCCCUCACGAAAAGGCGGGCUUUUUACAGACACACAAGAUGACGAGCUUGACACUAGUUCUCAAAAUAGCAUUAAGAUCACUACUGCAUGUAACCCUUCGCAAAAUGGCACCCCUGCUAACUCCCAAGAUGGCAUUUUAACUACACAAACAUCACCUAACACCAUGGCAACGCCUGUCCCUAGUAACACCCUAACGACGCCCAUUUUUGGCCACCCUCCGGUGACAUCAUCUUCUGGGGUGACUGACAUAAACAUCAGUCAAGGUGGCAACACCCAUGGCACUUCCGGCCUGCUAAAAAUAAACACCCACCAAGAUAGCAGCGUCCAUGAAAAUCAUAUUACUACUUUAACCCCUAUGAUAAAAACCAAUAAGCAGCAUGCAGAAUCCAACCUAGCCAUCAGCAAUUCUUCUCAUCAGUUCUUCAAAAAAAGUGUAAAACAUCGUGAAGAUAAACAAACUAUUAUAGAAUCAGAAAAUACAUCUACCAGUGUGUUAGAAGAUAAAAUGUUUUAUAUUUCUAAUGUAUGUUCACUAGUAGAAAGUAGUGAAUUUUAUAAUCAGGAAAUAGCAACCAUCUUCAAGUCAGAGUUUAAAACAUAUGCACUGGGAAAAAAUGAAUCUGAUACAAAAGAAAAGAAUCAAGGUAUAGUAACAACAACAUACAAUACACAGGGCAUACAAGACUCAAACCUCCAACCAAAGGAAACAAUAACAUCCACAGACACAGUGAAGCAAGCACAACUCAUAGAAGUAUUGAAGAAGGAGGUGAGAGCCAUACUGAUAACUGCCAAGGAGGGCUUAACGCCAGCAGAGCUGGAAGAGCAGUACAUAACCAUGAUCCACAAACCACUGCCCCUCGAAGACCUAGGCUUCCAGUCCACCCUAGAGCUGGUGACACACAUGCCUGAAGUUGUCCAAGUUUAUUCUUAUAAGAAUGGCACUGUUAUCCUCAAAGCCAUCAUAGAUGACACCGCCAAAGACAUUGCCAAACCAGUUGCCUGUCAAAAGGGAAGAACAUGCAAGAGAACUCCUCCAAAGGCAAAUGCUCCUUCUCCCUCUAAAAGCUUUAAAAAUCCACAGCGUUCCCCUUACGCAAGAUCUCAAAGACCCAAAAACCAAAAGACUGAACAAAUUGUUAUAAUUACAAGCACAGUCCCCGACAAUCAAGGACUGUUAUAUGUAGAAGAAAUGUCAUAUCAUGAUGAUUAUGGAAAUCUCUACAAACGAAUCAAACAAAAACAUUUAUGAAUGAAGUCUGAGUGUAGCAGCUGCUUUUUUAGUUUGAUUUUGAAAAUGAAUAUGUUCUCAUAUAUUUUAGUAAGUAUUUCUUAUGUACCUUCAUGUGUUAUUUUUAUGUUUAAUAAUGAUUUACUUUAUUAUUAAUAUAUGUAUUGAGUUUUAUUAUUAAAGAAAAAAGAACAACAUCAUAACGAAGAAUAUAACAACUUAAGAAAACAAGGACUGCCUACAAAUUUCUGUAACAACUAGAACAAUAACAUUUCCCUGAAUCC